AUGCCAAAAAUUAUUUCUACAUUAGAAGGAAUGACUAACAAACAUGCACCCAUUGAAAGAGCAUCACGAUCUAAACGAAAACUAUUAAGAAAACCUUGGAUUUCUAAAGGAAUAUUUCAAUCUGUUAAAGAAAAGCAGCGUUUGUUUAAAACUCAUUUUUUUUCUGGCGACCCCCUUAAAAUUAAAUAUUAUAAAGCUUACAAUAAUAAACUUACUAAAAUCAAGGACUUAGCCGAGCAGAAAUACUUUAAGGAACAGUUUGAAAUUAACAAAGACAAUAUGAAAACAACAUGGAAAAUGAUUGACUUAUUAAUAAAUAGAAAGAGAAAAAACUGCCCUACAAUAAGUAAGAUAGUCUAUAACGACAAAUGUUAUACAUCUAAAUUGAGCAUAUGUAAUCAGCUCAAUACAUAUUUUGUUAAUGUAGGCCCAACUUUAUCAGCGCAACUACCAAAUCAUAUUAACUCUAAUCCUACAAGUUAUAUUACCAGAAAUUUUCCAAACAGUUUUAUGUUUAGGUAUAUUCACUCGCAUGAAGUGCGUGACUUAAUUACGAACCUAACAACUGAUAAGUCAUGUACAGGAGUCCCUGCAAAGUGCUUUAAGGUGGCCGGAGACCACAUCUAUGAGGCAAUGACUAAAGUUUAUAAUCUUUCCAUAGAGCAAGGUAUUGUGCCUGACAUUCUCAAAAUUUCCAAAGUAACCCAGUGGACAAAGGUGGUGAUAUCACUGACCCGACUAACUUUCGCCCUAUCUCAGUACUUUCUAUAUUUGCACAGAUUUUUGAAAAACUGGUAUGUAAACAGUUAACAAGCUAUGUUGAAAAAUAUGCCAUUUUAAGUCAAUACCAGUUCGGCUUCAGGAAGGGCAGAUCGACUGAACAAGCCAUUCUAGAAAUCACUGACAAUUUGAAACAAGCAAUAGAUAAUAACUUACUCACAUGCGGAGUCUUUCUCGACUUCGCUAAGGUCUUAGAUACUGUCAACCAUGCUAUACUGUUAAAUAAAUUAGAGAAAUACGGUGUUCGGGGAAUCCCAUUGAGUUGGUUUACUAGUUAUCUUACCAAUAGACAGCAAUAUGUUAGCAUUGACGGUUUGGAAUCUUCUAAACAAACUAUUAAAUGGCCGUUAACAAAACCCGGAUCGGAUUGCUCGGAUCGGAUCGGAUCGGACUCCGGAUCGGAUCGGAUCGGACUAGUAUCUUCACUUUUGGUGCAGAAGAAUUAUUUUGACAAAAGCUGCUUUAACAAUGACACAGGUGGCUCGGACAUUUUCAUCUAGUAAACUUCUAUUCAGUCACGAAAUGGAGGUUUCAGCUUUCAGAUGAGUUUACUUCUAAACAUGUAAUCCGUGUCUGUCUGUAAUACAAAUCAGUGACAAGAAGAUGCAUGCCAACAGCAGUUCUCGAAGGACCGGUAGCUAGUAGUGGGCCGGGCUGUGUUGAACGUAGAAUUUAUGUGCGUUUCUGCAGCAAAUAACCUUGAAAGGAAACGUGUUUAAAUGCUCAUGCUAAUUUCUGCUGAUGCACAAGUGACACCUAAAGGGCCGGAUAUGUUGCAGAAAACACAGAAGCGAACAAUCGAAGAAUCUCGUUUCACAGUAUUUGUAAUAAACAAUUUUAAUAUCGUACCUUUGCUCUUCAUUUUUGACGUUUCAAUUGCCUCCUCUGAAAAGGAAACCGUUCAAGUAGGCUCAGAAAAUAACGAGAUCACUUUACAAUAAAAAAAGAGAAAAGAAACACUAAAUUAGUUACAGAAGAUUGUAUACAUACUUUUCUCUCCGCCAUCUUCAUUCCGGGGGAUGUCACGUGACCAUUUUUGGCGGGAAUUUAAGGCGAAUUGCCAGUCCGAUCCGAUCCGUAAUCCGAUCCGAUCCGAUCCGGGUUUUGUCAACGGCCCUAUUAAAUGUGGUAUCCCGCAAGGCAGUUCUCUUGGUCCCCUCCUUUUUCUACUAUACAUUAAUGAUAUCCCUAACUGCUCCGAUAAAUUGUCCUUUAGAAUAUUUGCAGAUGAUACCAAUAUUUUUGUGUCUUCCUCAAAUGCUGUGGAAUUACAAAACUUAAUUAACCAUGAAUUAUCCAAAGUUAAAGAAUGGUGUGACUUAAACAAGCUAUCCAUCAACUUCAAGAAAACUAAUUAUAUGAUAAUUAAGUCACCUAAAAAGAAGACAAAUAUAACAUGGGAUGUAAAAUUAAGUAACAAUGAUGGCUCCAACUACGGCUUAGAAAAGAGAACUUACAUAAAAUAUUUGGGCGUACUUAUAGAUGACACGCUAUCAUGGAAAUAUCAGGUUUCUUAUUUAUGUACUCGAAUUUCUAGAAACACAGGAAUUGUUGGCAAACUCAGACACUGCACCUCCCUUUUACAACUUAAACAACUAUACUACAACCUGAUCUAUCCCUAUAUAUCUUAUGUGAUAACCUCCUGGGGCAGUGCAUUUACUACUCAAAUUAAAAAAAUCCAAACAAAACAAAAUGAUGUUAUCCGCCUUAUGUUCUUUGUCACCUUGUUUGGACCAGAUACAGACAGUGCAUUACCAUUACUUAAUUUAUUGGAUUUACUUACUGUUACAAAUAUCUAUUAA